AUGAGAUACGCGCUGGCUUGUGAACUUCCACCUCUUCCCAGAGCUGUAUGGCUUACGGCCAAGGAACUUGUCAAACAGUGGUUGAUCAAUCCUGAACUUAGAACACAGAUCCAGAACAGACCUCCCAUAAAUUCCAGCUACAGCAUAACGUACGAAAAAUUUAAAGCAUUUAUCAACACCAUAGAUACAAAUGUAGCUUUCAAAAGACACCAUAACCUCACCUGCUACGAAUCAGAAUUGGCCCAGUCCAAAAAGAACGUUACCCCUACACAACUCAGAGCUAUCUACAACCAAAAAAUUAACACGCUAAAAGAGGAAGGUUUCAAAGUGUAUGCCACUGAUGCAUCGGUGUCAGAUAACAAAAUUGGCUGUGCAGUCUAUGUGGUAACGGCUAACGUCUCAUACCUGUUCAAUAUAGAUGGAAACUUCACAUCAACUUACGAAAACAUUGCAAUAGUCUGGACACCUAGCCAUGUGGGUAUUACCAUAAAUGAAAAAGCGGAUAUAGCAGCAAAAACAGCAGUUGACCAUGGUAAAUCUUUACCCCCAAAACUCACACCUUGUGAAGCACUGAGAAGGAUUAGCAAAAUGUUGUGGACUGAAGCCAAACAAGAAUUUACCAACAAACUUCCAAACUGGGACCCGGACAUAGUAGAAUUUUGUACGCCCAAAGAAAAACAGCCAUGGUUUAAAAACAAAAAUGUAGACUUAGAAGCACACGACAUAAAACUUUUUAACAGAAUUGCUACUGGACACACGUACGGUAGCACUUAUUUAACCAAAUUUCAGCAUUACAGAUCAGACAAUUGCAGCGCAUGCAACAUAAAAGAAACUCCUGAACACCUCAUAUUUGAUUGUAUCAAAUAUAACAACUUACGUAAUGAUAAUUCUCUUUUCCGAAACUACCAAAAUUUCAAACAGAUUCUUCUUUCAAAACUGCCUGCCACAUACAAACAACUGGCCGACUUUCUACAUAGAAGUGGGCUGGAUAAAGCACUUUAAAAAAAAAAAAAAAAAAA